CGAUCGCCGAGCACACCCACAACACGAUCACCACCGAAUUGGCCGAAUCUCGAUGCUUCGGGUAGCACUCCACACGGCCCCGCGGCGAGCGGUGGCGACGGCCUCGCGCGGACAUCAACACGUUGCUGCAUGGGACCAUCUCUACCGAAUGCACGCGACGGCGCUGUCCUCGUCCGACUCGCAACGCGAUGAGUCGAAGCCGCUCAAGUUGCAGCCGCUUGUCCCGCCUACGUUGAACGCGGUGUUUGCACACUCGCUCGGAUUCACAAAUGUCCCUCGCCACCCACGCUUGAUGCAAGCGCGCUGGAUGAGCACGGACGCGUCAAAGAAGGAAGCUGUAGUGUCCAGCGUGUUGGCCCGGCGGUCGUCGACCCAGCGCGUCGCGGCCCACGAAGAUCGGUUGGACAAGGCUCUCGAAAAAGUCGGCGAGCGCGGGUUCCAAGUCAAGGACUUGCAGAACCUCGACCAAAAGGUGAGUGCAAAGGCGUUGGCGCUCAUCAAGUCGACGCCGUCGCUCGUUGUGUCGGGCGCUGCCACCGUCAAGGAGUGGGUUCGCAUCAUCGUCAAGGAGCCGGAACGCGCCCGCGCUUGGUUGAAGCAGGUGAAGGAAUCCAUCAACCACGAACUCAAGCACUACUGGGUCGGCACCAAGCUUUUGUACGCGGAGCUGUCGACUUCGACGCGCAUCUUGCGCCGCAUCCUGAAAGGGAACGCGUUGACGCGUCGCGAGAAGAAGCAGCUCCAACGCACGGUUGCCGACCUCCUGCGUUUGAUUCCGUUCGCGUUCUUUGUGAUUGUGCCGUUCAUGGAGCUCGCGCUUCCGUUCGCCCUCAAACUGUUCCCAAACAUGCUCCCGUCCACGUACAAGCACGCGUUCCAACGCGAAGAAGACAUGAAGCGCCAGCUCCAGCUCCGCGUGUCCCUUGCUGAGUUUUUGCAGGAAACGGUCAAGGAUGUGGUGCAGACGACCCACGAAAGCGAAGGUGUCGCAGAGGAGAAGCGUGCGACGGCGAAAGAAGUGAUGAGCUUUGUCGAACGCGCGCAGCGUGGGGAGCAGCUCACGAGCGAGGAGACGCUCAAGAUAGCAGGUCUCUUUAACGACGAGAUCACGCUGGACAACAUUUCGCGCCCGCAGUUGGUCGGCAUGUGCCGGUACAUGGGCGUGAACCCGUACGGGAACGACAACUUUUUGCGCUUCCAACUGCGCAUGAAAAUUGCUGCACUCAAGAAGGAUGACCAGCAAAUCAUCUGGGAAGGCCUGGACUCGCUCGACAAGGAAGAGCUGCAAAUUGCAUGCAUGGAGCGCGGGAUGCGGGCGACGGGGUUGUCGAAAGCCGGCUAUGUGAAGCAAAUGAAGCAGUGGCUGGAUCUGUCCAUCAAUAAGAACGUGCCUGCGUCGCUGUUGAUUUUGUCGCGGGCCAUGAACAUCACGUCGGUGGAAAACCCCGAGGCGGCAUUGGCGGCGUCCAUGUCGAGCAUGGAUGAGGAGCUUGUGACGGAAGUGGCGCUGGCGGCCAAGACGGCGGCGGCGGCCGACUCCACCCUCGAGAAGAUGCAGCUCAAGGAGCUUCAACUCGAAUCGAUUCGGUACCAGAACGAAAUGAUUGCCGACGAAGAAAAGCUGCGCGAAGAAAUGAAGAAGAAAUCGGACGUGGAUGCGAAGAAGAAGCAGGUCGACGACGAAGUUGCGCUCGAGAAGCAGCAGAUCGAAGAGUUUGUCGAAGCCACCAUCGCCGACCGCGACCGCGUCAGUGAAGUGAAGGCUGCCUUGGCCGACGCCGCCACCCCCAUCGAGCGCGUUUCGGUCGUCGAGGCCGUGCCGAUGCAAGUUUUUGAGGACGAGCGCAAGCUAACGUUGGAAGAAGUGAGUGCAUUGGAGACGCUCGCGUUCAAGUCGAUCGUGGAGAAGGAGCGCCAAGUGAUGGCCAAGAUGAAGUUAGACAAGAGCGUGAUGGACGUGCAGGGGCUGCUGGCGGCGGGCCGCAUUGGCGCCGAGAAAGAAAACAAGACGGCGGACCGCAUGCUCAAGAAACUCGACUCGAUGCUGCUCAAGCUCGAAGUCGAACUGGAGCAAGUCGACAAGGACGUCGGCGACCGCCUCAACAUUUUGGAUCGCGACAGCGACGGCGUCGUGGACGUGACCGAGUUCAAGACGGCCGUCAUGACGAUUCUGCGCAAAAACAAAACGGAGGAAGCGGCCGAGUGGAUCGUGGACCAGAUCGACGAAGACAAGGACGGCAAGAUCUCCCUCGACGAGCUCGUCAAGUGGGUGGAGCAAAAGCGCGACUUGCUCGAAGCAACGGGCGAGCUGAGCCCCCACCGCGACGAAACCCUGGACCAAGAUAUCCUCAAGGAAGUCACAACGUUGAAGCGAACAGAGAGCAAGAAAGCCGCUGCCGUCGCCGCAUCCGACAAAAUGACCCCCGCGUAGAAUCGACUUUGGUAAGAACGUUAGAUGCCACGGAGACAUGCACGGUGAUCGCGACUUCGCCAACAUACUUGGGCAAUCCAUUGCUUUUCAACGCCGCUUGGCAACUCUACCUCCACGACUCGACGGUCGUCCAUCGAUCGAAUCGUGCGUCGAACGCUGGGACGACGACAG